CCGCGGGGGCGCAGCGGGCGGGUAGUUGUCCAUUACGACCGAUGGAGUCCUGGAACCGGAGCGGCCAUUUGCCCAGCGGUUCGAGUAGUUGACGACGCUGGGUUUGCGCGCUGUACCGUCUUUAAGGCGUUCUUACUGCCUGGCUGUCUGGCUGCAGCACAGCGGGGACUCUCUGGACGUUUGGCGAGAAAGUGAGGAGUAGCUACGGAGUAGCUCACGUAUCGCUGCACUGACUCACGGAGACCAGACCGAACUCGAUUGGAGUCAUCGAAGCCCCUCCCCUGUCUGUCUGUCUGAGAUCAGCUGGUUUAUCUCGGGAACUUAACUCUCGGCCUCCCUUCGCCUCCUCCUACUCACUCGCCUGCAAGCUCCUCGCUCACUCGGACCAGUUGUGCCCGCUGCAGCGAAGCUGGGAGUGUGGAGCCAUUGUACGUUCAAAACGAUUCUGAGCUCCCCUCUCUGCAAUCCCCUCCGUGUUGUUGCAGAGCAGAGUGUGGUCUGAACGAUCAGCUAGCGAGAGCUUGUGAGAGUGUGUGAGAGAGUUUGUGCGCGCGCGCGCAUUGUAUCGAGGCGUGGAACGGGUUGACCUGGUCUGAGUUUGAGUGAGCUCAGAGCUGAGAAUCAUGUCGCGUUUCGGAGCGAUGUCGAUGGUUCUGCUCGUCACGGCUCUGUGUUUCGCUCCCUCGGGCCUGGGGCAGACGACGCCCGCUCCUGCUCCCCAGCUGGACUGUACUGACGCCUUGACCGAUCUUCUCCCCUGCCUCGACUAUGUCACCAACAGCUCCCCCAACAUUUCAGCUGAAUGCUGCACGGGGCUCGGAGCUGUCAAGGCCUCCAAUCCCCUCUGCCUCUGCACUUUCCUCAAUGCCAAUCAAAGCGCAUCCCUCGGCAUCAAUGUCACUCGCGCCCUUGAGCUUCCGACCUUCUGCAAGGUCCAAGCCAACCCAGCCGAUUGCGGAGGCUCACCAGCUCCAGUCGCAGCACCGGUGCCUUCUUCCGGCCCUGGCACCUCUCCACCAACAGCCACUGCACCAACAGUUGCACCCACAGCCAGCCCUGUGAAGGCACCCACCAUGAGCCCUCCGACGGCUGUCCCUCCCCCACCAGUGCAAGAUUGCAACCCCCAGCUCACUCAGCUUGCAUCGUGCUUGGCUUUCGUCACUGGGCAGUCGAGCCCUCCUUCUGCGGAAUGUUGCUCUAAUUUGGGUGGAGUGGUCGAGACCGCUCCAUCUUGCCUUUGCACUCUUCUCGAAGGAGGUGUCAGUGGCUUGAACACGACCCUCGCAAUGCAGCUUCCCAUGUACUGUAAUGUCGAAGUGAACCCCGAUAACUGUUCAGGUGGAAGCGCUGUGCCUGGUCCUGCAGCAGCUCCCGUGGCGGGAAACAGAGGUAAUAGCCCUGCAUCGACAACAGUCGUCAGCCCAUUCCUCACUAUCGUUUUCGUAGCAGCUGCUGUUCUCCAACUGCUGCAAUAGAGUGAACUGAGGAGACUCUCUGAAAUAUCAUAUUUCUAGUGAGCCCUAUCACAACCCAGAUUGUGAAAGAAGGGCUGAAAGACUUGCUUUAGCUCCAGCAACAAGGCUUAUGCGUUUUUGUAGUAUGUGGCUUUGUGUACAACGGUAUCUCUAGGUCGAUAGCUCCAAAUUUCUUUAGUCAGUAAUGAUUAAUUGACAUGAAUUGAUGUCUACAAUCUGCAUGACGCUCUUUCUUGCCCCCAAACUCCAAGCUUCUUUAGAUUACUAUUCGAGCAGAUUCAUUCCUGUUGAAGAGCUGCACUACGUGAUACAACUCCGUAGAAAUUAAGAGUUGUUCUCUUUCAUACAAUCCGCUCAGCUGUUUUCGCUGAGUAUCUUAAAUGAAUUGAAAUUGGAUUUGUCCCAAAAAAAAGUUCGUCAU